AUGAGCCAAACAUUGAGCAGAUCAGUCUGGCUUUCCAUACUCCCCGUCCCAUCCCUCUGGCCGGAUAUCCUGCAGAAGAUCAAAGCCGCCGGGUUCAACGCUAUAAGCGUGUACACGCACAUGGCGCAGAUCAAUCCCUCGCGAGGCGUGGUGGAUUUCAGCGGACACCGUGCCCUCCAACCACUGUUCGACGCUGCAAAAGCGAGUGGGCUCUGGAUCAUCCUCCGUCCGGGUAAGCCAUCCUGGAUUUAUACAAGACCCCGGUAUAUCAAUGCCGAGACGUCUGCGGGAGGCAUUGCGCAUUGGAUCACGACGGAAAUUGCUGGUCAACCCCGCUCGAACGAUACAGACUACCGUGCAGCGUGGCAAGAUUACAUCGCUGGUAUAAUCAAAGUCACAGCGCCGAACCAGAUUUCGUCCGGGGGACCAGUCAUAGACAACGAAUUCUCGCAGGCUCCUGCAUUCCAUGCUGCGUAUUUUGCUGAACUCGAAGAGGUGUAUCAUAACUCGCCAAUUGACGUCCCUCUCACCUACAAUGACCCCGGAAUGGGAUCUAGCUUUAUAAAUGGAACUGGUGCAGUUGACCUUUACGGCUUUGAUGAAUACCCUCAACGAUACGAUUGUACCCAUCAAACAUGGAAUCCGGCUCCGACUAACUAUUACUCGUACCAUAUGCAGGUCAAUCCUGCAAAUCCGCAAUUUAUACCUGAAUUUCAAAGCGGUGCGGGUGACUCAUGGGGUCUUACAUCUCCAGGCUACGAUGGCUGCAGGCUCUUAACAGGACCUGACUUCUUGUCAGUGUUUAAUCAGGCAUUGUGGGCAAGUAACGCCAAGAUGAUAAAUUUUUAUAUGUUUUAUGGAGGAACUUCUUGGGGAGCUAUUCCAUAUCCCGGCAUUUACACCUCUUACGAUUAUGGAGCAACUAUCACUGAAUCAAGGCAGUUGACGACAAAAUUUGAUGAAAUGAAACGACAGGGUCUCUUCCUACGUAGCACCCCAGAUUUCUACAAAACAGAUUGGAUAGCAGAUACCAAUAGUGGCAUAUCUGUUUCAAAUAAUCCUGCAGCGUAUGUUACAGAGCUGAGGAAUCCAGAUACUCAAUCAGGGUACUUCAUUGUCCGUCAAGCCAACUCGUCUUCUCUCGAAACCAUUACAUUGAAAUUAAAUGUCACAACAUCGGCUGGUGCCCUCCAAAUCCCGCUCCAAAGUCCUGACAUUACGAUUGGAGGACGUCAAUCAAAAGUUAUAAAUACGGAUUAUAAAUUCGGAUCUGCUUCAAAGGCUUUAUACUCGACUGCUCAAGUACUUUUUGCAGGGAUAAUUGACGGCAGAGAUAUUCUCUUCCUUCAUGGUGAUACGAACCAGACACAUGAAAUUGCGCUCGCUCUUACUGGCAACCCCAGCAAGCUGAAGGCGUCUCCUUUCGUAGAGCUAUCCACCAAGGUGCCUGGUGUGCCUAGGGAUACCACUGUCAUCACUUUCGGCCCCGGUAUAACUGACCUCAUUACCGUCUGGGACUCGGAUACGCAACUGAUUCUGUUUGCUGAUUCCAACACGGCGGCAACAUUUUGGGCACCGGUGAUCCCUGGGAAUGCUGCCAAUCCAUUCAAAGCCUAUUGGGGCAUAGGAACCAAUGAAUCUGUGCUCGUUGGAGGUCCUUCCCUUGUUCGUGACGCCAGCAUCUCUGGCACAACUUUGGCUCUGAGCGGCGAUCUUGAGACUUCCGUUCAAAUCCGUGUGGUCGCUCCUCGAAAAAUCAAGACAAUAACGUGGAAUGGUGCUAGAGUUGCGCUAGAUCCUUCUUCUGCGGUUGCAUCGACCGGCGGGCUCAGUGGCCAGUUGAAGCUCAGAACACCCCUGUCGGACAUCAAGAUACCUCAAUUGACAGAAUGGAAAUUCCAAGAUAGCUUACCAGAGAUUCAGAAGGAUUUCGAUGACGAUUCGUGGACUAUUGCGAAUCAUACGACAACAAAUAUUCCAUAUCCACCUUACUACAACGACGGCCGGAUACUGUACGGUUGCGACUAUGGAUUCUGUGAAAAUGUUGUCCUAUGGAGAGGGCACUUCAAGGCAACUGGACAAGAAAAGAGUCUGAAUUUAACAGUCAACGGGGGGCAAAAUUUCGCUGCGAGUGUCUGGUUAAAUGAUGUGUUCUUGAACAGUUACACUGUUUCAAGUGCGGCUGAAUUCAACCAGACGUUUGAAUUUCCGGACGGCGCACUAUUGCCAAGAAAGGAUAAUGUUAUAACCGUCAUUCAGGAUAACAUGGGAUUGGAUGAAAAUGGAUACAAUCCAAAUGAUGUUCUCAAAAGCCCCCGAGGUAUAAGAGGUUUCCAACUGGAUAACGGAGGACAGUUCGAAGUCUGGAAGGUGCAAGGAAAGGUUGGCGGUUACAAAAACUUCCCUGACAAGACACGAGGCGUUCUAAACGAGGGUGGAUUGUUUGGCGAACGCAGCGGCUGGCACCUGCCGUCAUUCCCGAUUUCGACCUGGGCAACACGGGCAUUGUCCCAAGGCCUUCCAGAUGGGGCCGGUGUAGGAUUCUUUGUCACAACCUUCGAUCUGAAUAUUCAAGGUGUGGAUGCAAUGAUAUCCUUCACGUUCACGGAACCUUUGGGUCAAGCCUAUCGAGCGUAUUUGUUUGUAAAUGGGUGGAUGAUGGGCAAACGAGUAGGCAACCUCGGUCCUCAAGCUAAAUUUCCGGUUCACGAAGGAAUUCUUAAUUAUCAUGGACAAAACACUGUGGCUGUUGCCUUGUGGUCCUUGACAAACCAGCCCAUAUCUCCAGAGCUUGAGCUUCACCUUGACUCGGACGAAUCUACUAAAUGGGAUUACCAUUCCUUCUCUAUCCAUUUGUCUCGAACAAUGGAGCCGAAAGUCUGCUGCGGACAUGUCAGAUCCUUCUGCAAUCUUGCAGCACGCAUUGUCAAGGAUGAUGACAAGGCAUAUGUGACUCUUGCACUGACGCCAACCUUGAUCAAUAGAGCCAAGGAUGAAGUCGAAGUGGAGUUCAAGGGGAAGGAGCCCGAGAGCGUUAUUCGACGCGUCAGAAUUGUAUCUCUAAUCCAAUCCGACUCUCAAAACCCACUGGAGCUCUUUGAAUCGCACGCAAAAGCCUUUCCUGCUGCUUAUGCCGAUUUGUUGCAAGGCAAAUCUAUCACCUGCAAAAUGACAAACACCGAAUUCGACGCUGCUCCGCCAAUCAACAUCGUCGUUCUAGAUACUAUUGCCCAACCUCUGUUCCAAAUAACGCGAGCCGUUUCCGGAAAAUCAAUUCCCAUUGUCGGAUGGAUUACAGGUCACGUCUCUAGCUCUGUCCGUUACAAUGGUUUGGAGCGUCUGGGAGGGUUAGGCGACCUCGGCGCUAAAAUUGAUGCUGAGGCUGCCCGUCGUGGGGUCUCCGCUAAGGAGAUCGGAGACUCCCUAUGGAAUACUGGGAGCGGCGAAGUGGUCAAAGUGCCUGGACUCACAGAUAUGUACGAUUGGGAAUACUUCCCACAAAAGCUACCAUUCGAGGUUACCUUGUCUGACUUCCUGAGACUUUCCUAUGCAGGAAUCAAGGAUUCUGACGCGGCGUUUGUGACUUCUGCAUAUGCGUUUGAGCCUGAAUCAAUGGAAGCGCUCAAGUCUUGGUUCGAGGAGUGGAACAAAGAUGUGUACAUCAUCGGACCACUCCUACCUUCCGGGUAUGGUAUCGAGAGAAAUUUCCUUGAAAAUUCUCUAGCUGAACACGGGCCUAACUCGGUCAUGCUGAUCUCGUUUGGAACUUUUUAUUGGCCGGUUGUGCAAGAAUACAUCGAAGAGGUCAUCGAGGUCUUAAUUGAACAAAAGUUCCCUUUCAUCCUAUGCUAUGCCUCGCCUUUUGCCCAACUGUCAGAUAACUUAAUUGAGAGAGCUGAAGCAUCCGGAUUUGGCUUGGUUUCUAAAUGGGCCCCUCAGCAAUUCAUCCUGAACCACCCGGCCACCGGAUGGUUUGUAUCACACUGUGGUCAUAACAGUGUCAUGGAAAGUUUGGGAAGUGGAAUGCCAAUCAUCGCGUGGCCUUUUCACGCAGACCAACCUAUGGGCGCCGCCCAUAUCGAAGCAGAUCUCAACGUCGGGAUUGAAUUAGUAGAGGUAAGGACGGGGGAGAAAGGUAUGAAGCCAUUGAAAAGACACGGGCGCCAAGCCAAAGGCUCGCGGGAAGCUGUGGGGACAGAAUUCAGGCAAGUUAUUGAGGACUGCAGAGGGGAGAAAGGCAAGGUCUGGCGCAAAAACGCACAGUCGAUGAAGGCGAAACUUGCAAAGGUGUGGCUGGAUGGCGGCGAUUCGAAGGAAGAUUUCAAAGCCUUUUUGACAAAGUACGGGUUUUAA